AUGCGGCUGGACAUAUUCCAGUUGGGUGUCACAGGGGAGCAGCGUAUACAGGACGUGGGGGCCCAGCUGGUGGUCAUCAAAGGCGAUGAGGAGCAGAACUUUCUACAGCUGCAGAGUGCUGGGAGGAACCGCGUAUCCUGGAUCGGGAUGUCAGACAUGACCCACGAAGGCUCGUGGCAGUGGGUGGACGGCUCGCCUCUUCCGCCCAGCUUCACCAAGCACUGGCAGCAGAAUCAGCCCGACAACUUCAAGAACGAAGACUGUGUGGAGCUUAUAGACAGUGGCUGGAAUGACCAGAAAUGCAAUGCUGCCAGAUUCUGGAUCUGCAAAAUGUCUGCGGCCUCCUGCCCCAGCGAGCAAGGGCGGGUUCCCGCCUCCACCGCUGCCCCAACCCUGUCUGCUCAAUAGCAGAACGUCCCCCACUCUUGGGGCGGGGUGCCUUCUCCCCGCCCCCAGACCUUAACAACGCCCUGGGUCUGCUCUCUGUAAGAUUCCUCGUCCCCCGUGGGCCCGGGUCCCCUUCUGUCCCUCCUCCGAUGCCUGGGGGUCCUCCUGGGUCAGAGGUCGCGCUUCCUGCCCAUCCCGGGAGCUUUCGCAGUGGCCUGGUGUGGGCACACGCAGGGCGGGAGUGCUCUGGCCAUCGACUCUGUCUUCUCUCCAAGAUCAGAACGUUUGAGUGGCCAUGUGUACCCGCCAUGCCCCCGGGCUUCACCCCUUCCUUCCGCUCCCCUUCCACCUGCCAUGCCCUGCGCGCCUUUGACCGAGCACUUGCUGCUACAAGAAGGCAUCUUGCAGCUGGGAGCGCCAGGGAAUGAAAUGCCCAGUUACCCAGUGACACCCAUAGAUAGCAUGGCACCCCCAACCCCCCCCACACACCUAUCUAUUUUGUUGUUGUUCCUGCAUCUCUUCUGUUUGACUGUUCCUGAGUUGCAUCCUUUAUAAUGAAUU